CUUGCAGCUUCGAGCAUCCGCCUCACCUCAGUCAAAUCCUAAAAGUGAUAAGAUCGUACUAUGGUUUCGUUAUCAUUCUCCAAAAUCACCAUAGAGGAGAUUAACUAUCAAAUCUUACACUACAAUGAGAAUCGAGGGCAUGUUGUUAUAGUUGUGACAUCAAUUUUCUUUACACUUGCACUUCUAAGUGUGGUCUUUCGCUUUGUCACAAAGAAAUUGCGAGGGAUCAAAUGCCACACGGAGGAUGUCCUCAUCUUAUUUGCUUUGAUAUUGGCCAUUGGACUUUGGGCAGAAGCACUUCUGUCUGUUAAAUUCGGCGCAGGCAAGCACAGCAUGCGUGUGGUUCAAGAGGGUGGAGUUGAUUACAUCUCGAAGAAUCUUCAGAUCACCUACAAUGUGGCCCACCUUUCUGUGAAGGCCUCAAUACUCUUUUUCUACAAAAGGAUCUUUACAUUCGUGGUUAUAACUUUUAAACGAGCGUGGUUUGCCAUUUUUGGCUACAUAAUUAUCACCACGCUUGUUGGAGUUAUUCUCGUCUUUACCCAAUGCCGUCCACUUCGAUACGCCUGGGAUGAGCCGAAAGGUAUAGAAGGGGAAUGCAUCAACUUGACCGCUCUUGAGAUUUCCACUGGAGUUCUUAUUGCCUCUGCGGAUCUAAUGCUCCUAGUUCUUCCAAUGCCGGUACUUUGGUCGCUGCGUGUGUCCACUAAAGAGAAACUGUUACUCUGUGGUCUGUUCGCGCUUGGGCUUCUUGCUUUGCUCGCCAGUAUAAUUCGCAUAACUGUCCUCGGACAGGUUGUCAGUAGCGUCGAUUUUACUUGUAAGGAUUUCCCUGCCUUUUUAUCUAUUCUUUUGAUGCAUGACAAGGUUCUGACACAAGUAAAUGUAGAUGUGAUGGUGAACGCCCUGGUUUGGUCCCUGGUGGAAGUUAACAUCGGUAUCAUAUGUGCAUGCAUUCCGACCAUCAAACCACUGUUCAAUCGCAAUGCCAAGAUACAGUCAACAAUAGCAGUGGAUUCAGACAACUCCAGGACCAGGUCUAAAACGAGGUCGAAGAGAAGUGAAACAGACAACGACACAUUAGCAAUAUCACUCGAUGAAUAUCCGCUGACAAGGAACUCCAGUAUACCGGAGCCAUCCAUAUAGAAUGUAACGGCCAAUUCAGGCUUGAGACAAAGUGCACCGGUUUCCUUUUUGGAUCUCUUUACGUACAACGGAUAUUGAAGUGGGCAGUAAAUUUUUUCAUAUGUGAAUGCAUGAUAAAGGUCGUAAAAGGCUCACUGUUUGCAUUCAUGGAAUUGUAUUUUAGGCAUAAAUUGAAGAGAUUGCUAGGUGUUAACCUAUAAUGAACGUAGAUGAUACAGUGAUUAGAGAAAUAGAUUUGGAGAUCGUCUAGAGGGUGUUGUAGGAUUCUUAGAUUUCUACCUACAGAUGUAUUUUCUAUGAUCGCGAUGCCUUAUCGUCAUGUGCCAUCUUACUACAGAUUCAAAUACGCCUCUAGUCUUGGCCAAG